CUAGAUUGUCAUUAAAGUCAAAUAGAAAGCAUGAUAGCUAAGAUAUGUGUACUUUUUGUUGAUAAAAAUGCUCUAUCGUUGUAUUAAUAAAAAAAGAAAUUUCUUUACAUAAAAAUAUAAACAUGACUUUUAUAAAGUUUAUAGGAAAAACUAUUGGUGUUACAGGCUAUGUGUUACAAUAUGCAUGUUUAACGCACUGUACUUUUGAAUAUGUAGGAGAUUUUGUUAUGUGUUCUGGCCCCUCUAUGGAACCAACCUUAGAAAGUAAUAAUAUACUUUUUACAGAGCAUAUAACACCCCGAUUGCAAAGAUUAAAAAGAGGUGACAUAAUAAUAGCAAAGAGUCCUGUGAAUCCCAAACAGAAUAUUUGUAAAAGAAUAAUAGGUUUACCGGGUGAUAAAGUCAGAGGGCACUUUCCUAAACGCAGUCAAAUAGUACCAAGGGGUCAUGUGUGGUUAGAGGGGGACAACUCUAGUAAUUCUGCAGAUUCUAGAAGUUAUGGCCCAGUCCCGCAAGGUUUAAUACGAAGUAGGGUUGUGUGUAGAGUUUGGCCAUUAAAUAAAAUGUGUUCAUUAACCGAAUACUAGUAUGUAUCAAUUAUGACAAAUUUAGUCAGCUUAUGUAUUUAAUGUAAAUAAUUAAACUAUUUUAAUAUGUCUAAUAA